CUUAUGGACAGACGGGCUCAUGUUCUAAUGUGAGCGGAUCUGGACAGCGAAUUCGCGAUUUUUUCUCGAUCUGUAUAGUUUUUUGGUGACCCAACCAAGCUGCUUGCAACUCAAUUAAUCAAAUAAUCAGAGGGGAUUCAAAAUAUCAAGAAUUGUGAGGAAAAGGCUUCAGUUGCCAGCAAUGUCUACGGAGCUGUCGCCAUAACGUGGAUUUGUGCAGUGGUGCCCCCUGCAGGAUCUCAGCAGUAUGGACAGGUUGCUGCUCUGGGCCCUUCUCCUGACGUCGAUGGUCGGAAACAGCCAAUGCCAAAGCGGCGUCGAGCUUCCUAAACCACAGGGAGUGAGUGUGGAAGCAGACUUUGGGUCACGGGUGCUGUCCGUCACAUGGGAAAGGGACCUCAAUUCUGUGCUAUCCUAUGACAUCGAAGUCCUUCACACUGAACUGAUGGAAACUGUAUAUAAUGGCACAACAGAGGUGAGACCAGACCCGACUGCCAAGGUCCACCGCUGGAACUGGACUUCCCCCAUCCCCCUGGAGUGCACCUCCCACUCGGUCAAGGUCCGCUCUCGCCAUCAGCAGCAGACCAGCGAGUGGAGUCCCCUACAGACCGUCCUAGGGAUGGACAUUCCCGAAAACACAAAAGCAAACAUGUACCCACAGGACCAAGUGGUGCCUGUGGGCAGCGAGCUGACCUUCUGCUGCAUUGUGGAGGAGAAGAAAAAUUUCAAGAGCAUUUGGUACAGGAAUGAGCCCAUGAACCACACCCGGCUAAGCAGGCGGAGCUACGCCAGCACCAAGACCAAUCAGCCGUCCUCCAUCUCCUCUGGGACCAACGUAUUCUGCUUCAAUGAUGACAAUCUAAGCGUCGGGACUGUUGUGUUUGUUGGCUACCCUCCUCAUGACAGGGACUUGGUGUGUGAGACCCGAGACCUGGAGUCAGUGGAGUGCCAGUGGAACAAGGGUCAAGACACGUCCCUGCGAGGACCUCGCCGGACCAUCUACACCCUGAAUGGAAGCAAUUGUACAGAUGCUAAUCAAAACAAACAACCUAAAUACCAAUGCUGGCUCAAUGUCACUUUGGACAAAGGGGAAAGAAACUGGACUCUUGAGGCCAAAAACCCUCUAGGCACUAUCCAGGUCACAGAUACAGCAGAUCUGAGUCUCAGAGUGCGGCCCUAUGCUCCACUGGAUGUGGCAAAACUGGAAGUGCAUGCCAGAAAUGCCAGUGUGCAUUGGAGCUGGGGACAGAGAGGGUACAAGGCAUUACCACUGCUGUGCCAGGUGCAGCUGGUCAGUAGUGGACACAUAGUCACGCGUAAUUACUCUGGUCCAGGACUGUCACAGGCAGUGAUGGAAGGCCUACAGCCUGAUGAGGUGUAUGUUGUUCGAGUCCGCUGUGGCUCACAGCAGAAUUUCUGGAAAUGGGGGGAUUGGAGCUCAGACUACAUCUUUAGAACCGAAGAAGACUGCCCUGACGCUCUCAACAUAUGGAUACGGUUGGACACUAACCAGUCAGGUUAUGUAAUGUGGAAACCCCUCUCAAAGAGCGAGAGUCAUGGUCAGAUCAAGAGUUACGAGGUGACCCUCGGGAGCCCAGGAGAGGAGGGCGCAAAGAUACAUUUGCUCUCGCAGGACCAGCGCAGCGCCCCCUUCCACCUGGAGGGCAACGACACCGAGCAGGUCAUCGUGGUCAGGGCCCGUAACUGCACUCGCUGGCGAAUCCCUCCAGCCAGCAUCACCAUCCCGAGGUUCUCAGCAGAUGAAGUGCAUGCAUCUUAUGAGGUGUUGGGCAGAGAUGGUGGCUUUGACCUGUUCUGGCCCGCUGAUGCCAAUUCCAGCUGUGGGUACGUGGUGGACUGGUGCCCAACCAGCAGUGGGCAGAACUGCAGCCUGGACUGGGUGAAGGUGCCCACCGCAAACACUAGCGCCAGAAUCCAGUCAAAGUUUGUGCCAGGGGUGCGGUACACCUUUUCCAUCUAUGCCUGCACCUCUGGAGCCCCAGAGCUCCUGGAGAGGAGGGAGGGAUAUGUCGAGGAGCUGGCCCCUCUUCAGCAGGUUUCUGGUCUGAAAGCGCAACAGAUUGGCUCAGGUGUUCUGCUUAGCUGGAAUGGGAUUCCAUUGGAAAGCCAGGGGGGUUUUAUCCGUGGUUACAUCAUCUACGUCUCCAACAGCUCCCACCUCAUACCAAUAGCAAACAUCACAGAUCCUAAUGCCAGGAACCAUACGGUGACACACCUGUCCCCGAGUACCUACAAGUUCACAGUGAAGGCUUACACAUCAGCUGGACAGGAUGGAGGGAACACAAUAUCUAUCAAGCUGGACCCAUUCACUGAUUGGCUGAUUGUGGAGAUCCUCGUUUCCUUGGGUGUUAUGACGUGCUUCCUGCUUAUCAUUACCAGCAUCUGUUACAAGAAGCGGAAAUGGGUGAAGAAGACAUUCUAUCCUGAGAUUCCAGAACCCAAGCUUCCAGAGGAUUGGCCCACCACACAAGGGACGUUUGGUGGCCGGACAUUGGACGUGGUGCCCUGUCCCCACAACCCCGUGCACAUUGUGGAGCGGGUGUCCGGCAAGCCAGGGCUGGAGGUGACACCGGAGGAUGACGAGGAGCAAGCCAGCUCAGAGGACGAUGGGCCUGUGGACACGUACUCCUCAGGCCCUGUGGCCCUCAGAUACUAUAACCUGGUGGUGGGUGAUGGCUCACAGGGGCCCCCCUCCACCGACACCUCCUCCUCAUCCUCUACCAGCUCCAUGGGCUCCACCCGCACGGAGGUCACCUACACUGGGAUCCAGACAUGCGGCAUCUCCUCUGAGGCACCCUCUCACCAGGAGAUCCCCGCCGGGGGCGGGUACAGACCCCAGGUGGAUCCCGCCUCUGCCUCCACCCCCACCCCUGCCCUCGGCCCCGCAGAGCCCGUGGGGGACCAGGCGGACCCCGCGGACCUCCCCCUCUUGGGCACCUUCGGAGGCUACCAGCCCCAGUGCUCAUGGAGGAUGGACUCUCCCGAGGCGGGCAGCCUGAACAGCUCCCUUGGUAGCCCCACCUCGGUCAGUUCCUCCCAGUUUCUGCUCCCAGACCCUGCCUCCGAGGAGGGCGACGACCGCGCACCCUCCACCACCUGGUUCCACAGCCUGCUUUCGGGCAAGCCCUGAUCACUCCUGGGGCUAACUUGCAGCUUGUCCUGGGGAAUCUGGGUUUAUUUCAGGUCACUAGCACGUUAAAACAUUGUUUGACAUUCUUCCAAGCUCUUGCCCGGGAAAAAGACUUCUCAUAAUUAUUGCUGCAUUAUCAGGCGUGUGCGUAUGUUUUGACAGCAGAGGGGUAUGAAAACUGAAAUACUACUGACAGAGGGAAGGCAUUGGUCUCUUUUAUUAAAGGGAGUGUGCGGUAAAUUGCUUUAUUUUUUAAGGGAAUGCUCGCAUCCACUUUGGCCCUUCAGUGUCACCAGGUUCUUGUUUCCUUUCCCUUUUCCCCCACCAAAGCAGUAUUCAUUUUUGUGUUUUAUGUAGAUAUAAAACUAAAUUAACUUGUUUUGACUUAUCGUCACACUGUCAUUUGCACAGUGAAAAUGUCACCAAGAUAAGCUUAUUAGUCUAUAAAACUGCCAAAAACUCAUAUAGGUGUUCACUGUCUGGUAGCCCAAGUAAUGACCUUGCUUUGCAUGGAAAAUCAGCUUCAUUUCCCUAUAUUACUUUGUUCUUGUCCAGUUUGCACAAGUAUCCAUGAUUUGGGCAGCUUGUUUAAAUUCUGUGGUUAAUCCUACUUGUUGUGUUAAAUUGAGAUGUUGAGGCAUUAUUCCUAAUUAAUCUGU